AUGAAUACCUUGAACAAAUGCGAUAAUAAUCCUAAAGAAAUGUGGAAAGCGGUUAAUAAACUUACUAACAAAAGCUCAAAAACUACCAUAAUCUCUGAAAUCCAUCAAGGUAAUCAAGUUUUAACUAAAAAGUCUGAAAUUGCAAAUGCUUUAAACACAUAUUUUAGUGAAGUAGGGCCAGAAUUAGCUAAUGAAAUACCGAACAGCGGUAGGACGCCAGAGUCCUAUUUAACUUAUACAAGCACAGAAUUCUCAAUGCAAAAUGUUUCUCAAAUAGAAAUAUACAAAUUACUUUCCAUAAUGAAAACAUCAAAAUCAGCAGGACACGAUAGAAUUCCGCCAAAACUUCUCAAAGAUGCGGCUGAAGAAAUAGCUCCCUCAUUAGCAGCGAUAUUUAAUGCUUCAAUAAACUUGGGCAUUUUCCCUGACGACUUUAAGAUUGCUAUAAUCUCGCCAAUUCAUAAAUCUGACAGCAAUUUAAUAUGUGAUAAUUAUAGACCAAUUUCAGUUUUAUCAUGUGUUCCAAAAAUAUUUGAAAAAUUAAUUUCAGAACAGCUUAAUACGUAUUUAGAAUCUAACGGUUUACUCAUAGAACAACAAGCAGGUUUUCGGAGGAAACACUCCACUCAAACAUCUCUCCUUCGUACAACAAAUCAAUGGUUGCUAAGUAUGGAUAGGGGGUGUUUGAGUGGAGUUAUAUUCCUUGACCUUAAAAAGGCGUUUGAACGUGUAGAUCAUAAUAUACUUACAACAAAAAUGGAUUAUUAUGGAAUAAGAGGUCGUGAUCUAGCUUGGUUUCAAUCCUAG